CAAUACCCAUCAUUAGGCGUAAAACUAUCUCGCUCCAGCAAUGUAGUAUCAUUUUCAAAAACCCACCCUCAUCUAUUAGCCGCUGGUUUAGAUAAGGUGCGUAAUGAUCCUUGUUUGUUAGUGUGGGAUGUGACAAGAUCAUUGGAUAGUUAUUGCAAUACGCCGACAGGAGCUCAAACACCAACAGCCUUCAAUACAGCAAAGACAGUGAAUCAACAAGAAUUAAAGGCAGCAAUCACGAAUCAAUGGAGAUUGGAUGCCGGAAGAACGACUGUAGAUUCUUACGAGGGUAAUGAAGUAAAUACAAAUGGAAAAUCAAAAGAGCAAGGGCCUUUACGACAAUACGGUUCAUCUGAGGCUAUUUCUUCGUGUUCUUGGUCAAUACAUGCUAAUGCUCCUUUAUUGAUAGCCGGUAUGGGUAAUAAAUAUCUGAGAGUAUAUGAUAUUCGUGCCGACCCUGCCUCCAGCCCCUUACAAUUUGUUACAAAAGCCGUUUUUAAUAUUGUUGUGGAUCCUUUCAACUCUUACCGAGUAGCAUCACACACAGAAGAUGGAGUCAUUAAAUUGUGGGAUAUUCGAAAAACCAGCAAUUCUAUUCUAACAUUGACACCGGAAACGAAAGGCAAUUUAUCGCGCAUCCUUUUCUCUCCUUCACAGCCUGGCUUUUUAGCAUCUCUCACAAAAGAUGCUUCCCACAUAGAUUUGUGGGAUAUCCAGGAAACGUGUUCGUUACAUCAAAGCGUAUUGCCUAGUUUAGUCAAUGAGACAAAUGCAGAUUAUCUCAGUAUACCCGUUUUAUGGAAAAGCCGUAAAACACGUUAUAGUACUAAGGGAUUCGCUUCUUUCACAUUUAUCCCACCUUCUGCUAUUAUCGCAGACCAAGCAUUCAGCAGUAACCAUAAACCGCGGUCUUACUGUAGACAACUUCCGAAUGCCCAUACUAUUCUAGCAGUACAUUCAGAUGGAAAAUUUGAAUCGAUCAAAGUACAAGAAGCAUGCCAGGUUGCUUGGCAGCCUACUGGUGGUAUGAUAAUGACGGGAAGGAAGGGAUUAUUGAGUUAUCUGCCGGUGUCGUCGACAGAUGUGAGCACUCGAGAUGUAUCAAGGGAUUCACAGCCCAGAAGAGACGAAGAGGAUAUGCAUAAAAACUUCACAUCACUUAUUUUGAAUAAUGAAGAUCAAGCUUUAGCAGAACAGUUGGAGAAAGAUGUCUCAGUUAUUAUGCGAAGGCGGUUAAUGGAGGGUUAUUCUAUGGAUAGCGUGAAAAAUUUAAAGAUAAUCCAUGAUGAUCGCAAAUUACGUGAAGUGUGGAACUGGGUAAAGAUUGCAGAUCAGAUUUCUGGUAAAUUAUCAAAAAUAGGCGGCGUAGACUAUAGUUUCGAGGGCGUUUAUGGAAUAUGCAUGGACUCUAAUACUAACAGUAACAACAGGCCAUCGUCGCCAGCAGCUAUCACCUCGCGUUCAGUCUCUCCAAAGGUGACAAGGCAUACUACUUCUGUCACCUUGAAAAAUUUGGUAUCGAGCUCAGCCACUAGACUAACAAUGGUUGAUACACAUAAGCCGACACUAAGAUACUUGGCAUUAUCUGCUUGUGGAUUUGCAUUUGAUUCUGAGGGAUUUGAAAAAGUGCUAGAAGAUUUGGAGAAGAAUGGUGAAUAUGAUAAAGCCGCUGCUUUAGCACUAUUUCACAACAAUAGUGAAAGAGCUAUUAAAGCGCUGAAUAGUGCCAAAGAGGAAGAUGAGAAAGGAGAGCAACAAUAUAAGCUGAUGUCGGCCGUUUUGGCCAGCUACCAAGGAGGCAAUAUUAGCAAUAAUGACAUGUGGAGGGAUAUUUGCGAAUCGCUCAGCAAUGAUAUGAAGGACAGACCCUAUCUGAAAGCUAUUUUCGCUUAUAUCUCAUCGAAUAACUGGUACAGAGUAUUGGACGAGCGUGAAAUACCGUUGAGGGAGAGAAUGGCGAUUGCAUUACGAGUGUUGAAAGAUGAUGCAGUAAGAAAAACGCACUCACUUUUUGCGUUUGUGUUUAAAGCUCUUCUUACUGAUACUACCUGUUUUCUCUCUGUAUUAUAG